GAACAAUUAAUACCCAAAGAUUCAUUCAGACUGCUGAAGAACAGAGGGGACACCCUGUGCCACGUAGUUGUGGUGUCUCUUCUCUUCACUCAGUCUCCAGUCCAGAAACUCUGCCAACACCUCCCUUAGGGAUUGCAGUGCCUGUGCUGAGAAAACAAAUGGCCCUGAAAUGGGGGAAAAAAGGGCAAUCAGAUAGUGCAGGUAUCCAAGCACGUCAUGGUCCCAUCUGCAGGCGAGAGAUUGGAGGGCUCCUCCCUUCUUGUCUGAUAAAAGCUGGCAGAGGCUGAGACAAGACUGAGCUUUGGCUGAGCCUGUGCCAGAGAGGAAGAAAAAAAUCCCAAGAGGAAAAAAACGCAGUGGAGAAGCAGCCAGUGGAAGAAAACCAUCUGGAGGAACCCCAAAACAGUACCAGCGACAGCAAGGAAAACACCAAGAAGUCAGGAAGAGAGGACUCUGAGGGUGCAAUGGCUUUCUUCCUCAAACCACGGCCAUGCACGUGGGACCUUGCCCUGGACUACCACACCGCCAAACAGUUUGAAGUGGAUGUAACCCUGGAUCCAGCCACAGUGGGUCCAGAGGUGAUCCUCUCCGAGGACCUCAAAGAAGCCACCUGGGGUAGACCUCGCUGCCAGUGGCCUGCGGGCCCAGGCCGGUUCGACACAGACCCGUGCAUGCUGGGCAGCGAGGGCUUCACCUCGGGCCGUCACUACUGGGAGGUGGAGGCCAAUGGGCGCUUCUGGGCUGUGGGGGUGGCCCGUGAGUCAGUUCAGAGGAAAGGCCGGGUCCUCUUCAAGCCCAACACUGAAAUUUGGGGCUUGCAGAAGUAUGAUGACCUCUGCGUUGCCCUCACAGCUCCAUCCAACACCUCUGUCCCAAUCCUCAAUGGGGAGAUUGGGGUCUACCUGGACUACGAGGUGGGACAGGUCUCUUUCUACGCUGUCAGCAGGCGCCAACGCAUCUUCACUUUUCCUGUGGCCUCCUUCAGUGGGGAGAGGGUCUUCCCCUAUUUUUGCGUGCUCCUCUCAACCAUUAAACUGUCCCCCAAGGGCUGAUGCCCUGAAAGGAUCCUCCUGAAAGCUGGUUGCAUCACAGUGGUUGGAAAUGCUGGUUGAUGCUCCUCAACUCUUAUUUUCCAAGUCUUGGAGUAAUUUCUAACUCAGUUCAUGGUCCUUCCUUCAUCUUAGAUGUCUCUGUUUUGGGUUAUGCCCAGGGGAUUUUGGGUCUAUGCUCAGCAUGGCUCAUCUCAAGUUGUUAAAUUAUGCAAAGCUUGUUAGGAGCUUGACUUCCCUGAGCUUGUUUUGAGCUAAAAACUUUUUUUUUCUCCCAAAUACAGCUUCCUCUGGAGGUUC